AUGGGCGCCGACAGGAGUGACGGCUCCGGCUCCGGCUCCUCGAAUACGGAAGCGGUCGCAUCCGGAUACGACGAAAAGACACCUCUACUCGAGCAACCCCAGAAGGGCCCCUACGAAGACACCAAGCGGCGAAGGAGAUGGCUGUAUCCGUCGCGCAUAUCUGACGGCAUCGUCGCGGUGGUGGGCGUCCUCGCAACCCCCUUUGUCUAUACGGGGCAAUGUCUGGUGGCCGCCUUCUACUACGAAGAGGAUGGCCACUUCUCCUUUCUCGCCCCGAUCUAUCACAUCUCGCGGACAUUCACUCGCGGACGUCGGAAAAAGGUUGCGGCGCACGCUUCACGAGCCUCGGGUGCCCCAGACCGUAGCGAGAAAGGCACGCGCAAGAGUCGCAGUUCGAGCGUCGCGCAGCCCGUCAUGAAACAACCCACGAGGCGAUCACUGUCAAUAGCAUCAACCUCGACCGCCAUGACGUCCGACUCGGAGAGCGAGCGAUCUCCUACACGCGACCCAGACACCGACAGCCCGUCGCGCCAUACCCGCUCCAAAUCCAGCGCAACCGCACGAGCAGACGAGAUCGCCCCGGCCAAGCGGUCGAUACGCAUCACGCUACAUCACAACGAUGACGCUUUGAGGCAACGCAAGGCAGCGAAGAAGGCCCAGUCGUCCAAAAGUAACUCCGUCUCCUCCGAGGCUGCCGCUUCCCUCAAAUCCCCCACUGGGCCGGUAACCGCGUCUUCGAAACAAUUGACCAAGUUCCCACGAGCGCCCCAACCCCCGCGCCCCCUCGUGCCACGCCGCCAGCCCUCGUACUCCGCUAAAGGCGUAUCCGCUGUCGGACCGCACCAGAAGACGCUCAUCAUCGAUCUCGAUGAAACAUUGAUCCACAGCAUAGUCAACGGCGGUCGCUUCCAGACGGGCCACAUGGUAGAGGUCAAGCUCCAGGCAUCUGUCGGCGCCGACGGGCAGGUUAUUGGUCCCCAAGUGCCGCUCCUAUACUAUGUUCACAAACGGCCGUAUUGCGACGAUUUUCUGAAAAAGGUUAGUAAGUGGUACAAUCUGAUCAUAUUCACCGCCUCGGUACAGGAAUACGCAGAUCCCGUCAUCGACUGGCUGGAGGUGGAGCGCAAGUAUUUUGCAGGCAGGUACUAUCGACAGCACUGCACUGUUCGCAACGGGGCUUAUAUCAAGGACCUUGCUCAGGUCGAGCCCGAUCUCAGCAAAGUCAUGAUUCUUGAUAAUAGCCCCUUGAGCUACGUUUUCCAUCCUGACAAUGCCAUUCCCAUCGAAGGCUGGAUUAGCGACCCAACAGACCACGAUCUGCUGCAUCUUAUCCCGCUGCUCGAAGGCUUGCAGUAUGUCACCGACAUGAGCGGUGAUUGCGUGCUUGUUCUAGAGAAAAUUGCCGAUGUACUCGAAGCUAUUUCGCAAAUCAUACCACCUUAUCAGGAAGUUUACAACAUCUGCAAGCGCAACGGAGCCGAGUCUCAUGGCGAGGCUGGAGAUCGUCAUCUGGCUGCACUUCUGUCUUACGCAUAUGCGGAUCUUGUACAGCUGUUUUUGGAGCUGUACCGUAUCUUCUGCCGUGGGGCACGAAGUACAUCCAUCAGUUGUACGAACGUCCUCCACAGUGAGACACUAUGGCGACCCUUCGAUUCCCGGUUUGCCCACCUUGAAACACGGCUAGGCCAGCACAGAAGGUGGUUAGAAACAGAAACCGCGAACCAGACUCAAUACUACGCGGACAUCUCACAGCACCGCAGGAGAUAUAUCGACUUUUUGCAGCGUCAAAACGGAGUCAUGGCCAACGGUCGUGUGGAGCAAGAUGAACAACGGCUCGCGAAGCGGUUGAGGAGAGUGGAGAAAGUACAGCAUUGGCUAUCAUCUUCUACCUCAAUUGUAACAAGGUCUCUCGGUACUCAACAACCUUAUCAAGAGUCCUGCGAUUGGUUCUUGCGUGUCGCCGCAUACGCCCAAUGGAGGAGUGCGCGCUUUGAGAGCAGCAUGGCAAAUGACCGAGAAACUUUACUUGGCAACUGGCAACAUCGCGUACUGUUUGUGCAGGCAAAAUCCGGCUUUGGGAAGACCGUCAUCUCGCAUUCAGUCGUUGAAAAUCUAGCUGGUGAGGCGGACGAUCCUGAUCUGUGCGAUGAACCGCCGGCCACUGCAAGCUAUCAUUUCAAUCACUUGCUAUCCGAGAACAACCAAUCUGAAGAUGCCUUCCGGGCUAUGACAUGCCAGCUGUUCCACGCUCGUCGGCAGGACCGGUCAACUUUGGAUACUGUCAGCCUCUUAUUGCGGAAGACGUCCUUUCGAGAGCAUGCCACCUCUGAUGAAGUGCUCGAUGUUCUUCUGAUUCUACUUCGGCAGCACCCCACUUUCCUUGUAUUUGAUGGCAUCGAUGAGUGCAGCGAUACUGAUACGCUCCUUGUAUCGUUAGCAAGACUCUGUCGUGGAUCUGACACAAGAGUUAUCCUCUUCAGCAGACCGAAUUUGAAGAUACCACUUGAGUAUCAGAAAUGGGCUUCAGAUGCACCUCAUAUCCUCUCCCUUACCAGUCAACACAACGUUGUCGCUAUCGAUCAGUUUGUGGUACCGGAAAUGAAUCGCCUGGCAGAUCAGGGCUUCUUCGGUAUCUCUAUGAAUCGAAGGCUCAUGUCGGAAGUCGCGAGGACGGCAGAUGGUGAUUUUCUCUGGGCCAACAUGUUGUUGAAACUCCUUCAGUCGCCGCUACUGUCGUCGGACGAGCGACUGCAUAUCCUCCAGGGAGUGCAUUCAAUACAGGGCCUGGAAGCGCUCCUUUUUAUCAUGUUUAACGCGUUAGCGCGCCAUCCACCAACAGAAAAACGCGUCAUCGCCGACACAUUUCGAUGGUUGUCUUUCCCGAUCAACCGCAUGUGUCCGGGGGCACUACACGCUGCUCUGGACACAUACAGACCCGACGUUCCCGAGGGUCCGCAUACGAUCGAUAUCAUACAAGCCUUACCGGAACUGACAUGUGGUCUUCUCUGCGUGGUCAACGACGAGAUCGCUUUCACCCACAAAUCCAUACGCGAUUACCUUCUCAACCCACUAUCUCAAGGCUCAGAGUUCAGUCUCCGCGACACAAGCAGCGUCCAUGGCCACCUUGCUGCACGAUGCCUUUCCUACCUCGCGCACGAUAUACCAAAACGCCCUCUCGGCGCUUUGCAGCCUCACAGUCCAGCCAUGCCACCUACCAUACCUACCAGCAGUGGUGCGAGCCAAAGAACAAGCGCGUCGGUAGACAGCGGAUACAAGUCCCUGUCUUCAUCAGACGGAGACAAUCACACCCACGCGAUACCAAUAAUACCAACUCAACAGAAAAACUCGAGGGCGAAUAGUAUCCGCACCGUGCCUUUCGAUACUCAUCUACCCUUCCUAAGAUAUGCGGCACUCUGCUGGCCCAUUCAUCUAAGCCGCGCUCUAUCCCCAUCUUCACACUAUACCACAACCUCCUCAGCAGAUACACUCGCCUACCUACCCGCAUUGAGCGCCUUCCUAGCUUCUCGUAUUGCUAUCACUGCCUGGGUCGAAGCUUCUUUUCGGUACAGUCUACCACCCACGCUCACGCGUCUCAUUGGCCCGUUGUCGGAUUUGAAGGGCGAGAUUUCGCCUGCUACUGUGGAGGGCAAAGAGCUGAGGCUGGUGGUCACUGAGAUGAGGAUUCUGAGUGAGAGGUUGGUGGAAUUAAAGAGAGAGUAUGAGGGCGUCAUGAGGCGGAAUCCGAGUUUGAUUUGGCAGAUGGAUGAGCCGGGUGGGAAUGCUUAUUGGCCGGUUUGGGAAGAUGUUCUUGCAAAUGGGAGUGGAAGGUAA